CAUGAUGACUGAUGUCCGACUGUCUACAGCCACUCCAUCUGUCUGUGAGGUGACAGCUUCACCAGCAGGAUCUGGUCUCCAAAGCAAUGAACCUCCAGCCUUCAUCCUGCCUCCUCGGAACGUCAGGGUCAGCCUGGGUGGAGAUGCCCGACUGGAGGGGAAGGUGCGAGGUCAUCCUGAGCCGCAGGUCACAUGGUGCAGAGACGGGAAGGCUGUGAUUGGUGGAAAACGCUACAAAGUGGAGCGAGGUGGGCGUGGCAAUUUCAGUCUGUCAGUGGGCGGAGUCACAGAGGAGGAUCUGGGCUGUUACACCUGUCAGGCCACCAAUCAAGCGGGAAGCCGGCAGGUUACUGUUGAGAUCCUUCUGGAAGAAAACUAUGGGAAGAAAUACUUCCUGCCGUCCUGGAAGGGAUCAGGGUCCCACUCCUUGAUCCCGGCACCGGAGAACCGGACCAGCAUCUGGAGCAAGAGUCCACCAAAGUUCAUCUCCAAACCCACCCGAGUGUUCGUCAGACUGGGACAGAAUGGGAAGUUCUCCACCAAAACCACAGGACGGCCACAGCCACAGGUCACAUGGUACAAGGGGGAGACAGAGCUUCAGCCCUGUGGUCGGAUCAGCAUGUACGAGCUCUCUGGCCGUCACUUCCUGGAGAUAAAUGACGUCCAGGAGGAGGAUGCAGGACGUUACACGUGUUCAGUCAUCAACAGCGCUGGAACAGCCACUGCCAGCGCUGAGCUUAUAGUUCAGGAUGUUUCUGAAGCCUCGCCCAGCAUUCAUCCAUCUGAGAAACCACCAGCCAAGAACCUAAUAGAGGACACCAUCGCUCCCAGUCCUAGCAGGUCUUCUGCAGACCAGCAGCAUGGGCAAACUGUCUCCUGGAAGACUGAACCUCCUGCAGAGCUCCCUCGUGUGGCUGGAAGAAGUACUGCUGCAGUUCAGGUGCAGUCCAUCCCAGCUGAUCCAGUUCAGACUGGUUUAAUCCAGCUGCCACCAGCUGCAUCCGGCUGCAGCAGAAGUCUGAGGAGAUCCACAUCAGGUUCUGCUCUGCGGUUUGAAGCUGUUCCUUUGGACCAGGAGGCCACAGAGGGAGCACAGGUCACAUUCACCUGCCAAGUCUCCUCCGUUGCUGAUGCCAUGGUAACCUGGCUCAGAGAUGGGAACCCCAUGAAGACGGGACCAAGACUUCAGCAGAGACAGGACGGGACUCGUCUGAUCCUCACCAUGGACAGAGUGACACAGGUGGAUGAUGGGAUGUAUGGCUGUCAGCUGACCACUGCUGAGGGACUCACAGUUGCCUCAGCAACAUGGAUGCUGCGUGUCAGGCGUGUGUCCAAGUCUCCAGUGUUCCUUAGCCAGCUGCAGGACUGCAGCAUGUCAGAGGAUCAGCCCAUCAGCCUGGAGGUCCGUGUGGAGGGAAAACCUGCUCCGAGGGUCAGCUGGCAGUUCAAAGGCCGUCCUCUUCCACCCAGGAUGCAGUCCUCACAUGUUGGGGGUGUGGCCAAGCUGAUGAUCCAGAAUGCAUCUUGUCAUGAUGACGGCGUGUACGUGUGUGUGGCAGAGAACAUCCAUGGCAGAGCAGAGAGCAGUGCCCGGGUUCAUGUCAAAGGCAUGCUGCAGUCGCAAAGGUCAGAGGUUGCAACAGCAGCUCGGGCUCCUUGCUUCAUUCGCCGGCUAAGCAACCUGAAGGUGAUGGACGGCAGCAGAGUGUCCAUGACGGUAGAGCUGAGCGGUGAGCCCCCUUCUCUCGUGAUGUGGCUCCAUGAUGGGCAGGAGGUCUCGGAGUCUGAGGACUUCCACCUACUCAAGGAGGAGAACCGCUACACUCUGCAGAUCCAGGAGGUUUUCCCAGAGGACACUGGGACCUACAGCUGCCGGGCCUGGAACCAGUAUGGAGAGGACCAGACCCAGGCUCAACUCAUUGUGGAAGAGCCUCAAGACGGCAUCCAGCCCUGGUUCAUCACAAAACCCAAAGCGGUGAGCGCUGUCACGGGUCAGCAUGUCCUGCUGUCCUGUGCCAUUGCCGGAGACCCAUUCCCCCAGUACACGUGGACCAGAGCCAACCAAAACCGAGCGCUGAGCUCUGGUGGAGACUAUGAACUUCUGCAGAAGGAGGAUGUCAUCUCACUGCUCAUCAGACGGGUCAGAAAGCAUCACGCAGGAGACUACCUGAUCAGCCUGAGGAAUAAAGUGGGGGAGUGUAGUGCUGUGGCCCAGCUGUCUGUCACUGAAGGAGGACCUCGAGGAGGAGAAGGAGAAGACAGGAGAACUGCAGCAGCAAGAGGAAGACCAGGAAGAGGAUCAGCUGGAGCUGCCACGCUGAGAGGAGGUGACAGAGGAGGUGGAGGAGGUGAAGGCAGCAGGCUCAGUCUGCAGCAGGUUGCUGGUGAGGAGCAGAACUUGCAGAACCUGCAGCUCCUGCACCUAGAAGAGGAGAAGAAGAAGAAGGAGGAGGAGGAUCUCCAGGCUGCUCCCCGAGGACUCCUCAAACGCUGUGUGGAAACAAGGGAGCGUGGUGAAGAGGAGCUGCGACAGAGGGAGGCGCAGCAGCUGGACUUUCGGUCGCUGCUGGGACGCCGAGCAUUUCCGACCAGCCACACCAACGUUGAUACCAACACGCAGCACGACCACUGCCACCAGAUGGAUUUUAAGGCCAACCUCAGGGGCGUCAAAGGCAAGGCGGAGGAGAAGAUGAACUCUCCACAACAGGUUGACUUUCGGAGCGUCUUGGGGAAGAAAGGCACCAGCAGCAGCAAUGGGAACAAGCAGGCCGAAACACCUUCCAAGGGCUCUGGAGACUUCCGCUCCGUCCUCUCCAACAAGAAGAAGACAGAGAGCCCUGAGAAGAACGGAGAGAGCGAGAAGGUGAACAACUGUGUGGAUGGAGGGAUUCAUGACCAGAAGAGUGAGGGAGGAGGAGGGAUUGUCCCGGAGUUCAUGGAGAAGCUGAAGGAUGUGACAGUGCUGGAUGGUCAGCGGCUCCGACUGGAGUGUCGCCUCGACUCCACCACUGCUGCUGGUGUCACUGUCACCUGGACGCUGGACGGGAAGAUCAUCAAACCUUCCAAGUUCAUCGUCCUUGCCAAUGAAGGUGGCCUCUGCUCUCUGACCAUCGACAAAGCUCUGCCGGAGGACGAAGGCCAGUAUAAAUGCAGAGCUGAGAACUCAGCCGGCAGAGCAGAGUGUUUCUGUAUGGUUCUAGUCGACGAUCCACCAGAAAACUCUCCGACAGACAAGAAGUCUAAGAAAGCAGCUCCGACCUUGGAGAGUGAAGCCAGAAUAAAGAAGCCAACUCCAAAGACUCCUCCUAAACAAGCUCUGCCUCCUCAGAUCCUGCAGUUCCCAGAGGACAUGAAGAUCCUAGCAGGAGAAAAGGUGGAGAUCCUCUGCAAGUUCUCUGGAGCUCCACCCAUCACCUGCACCUGGCUGAAGUUCAGGAAGCCGAUCCAGGAGGACUCCUCGGACAUCUCCAUAGAGAGCUCAGACAGCAGCAGUAAACUGACCAUCAGCAGCGGGCAGCAGGAGCACUGCGGCUGCUACACCAUCGAGCUGAGGAACAGUUACGGCCUCCGUCAGGCUGCCCUCAACCUCACCAUCGUUGAUAAACCCGACCCCCCAGCAAAGGUCCCUGCAGCCUCAGACCUCCGGCGCUCCAGUCUGACCCUGUCGUGGUACGGGCCGACCUACGACGGAGGCAGCGCCGUGCAGACCUACCACCUGGAGAUCUGGGACUCGGUGGGGCAGCAGUGGCAACAGCUGGUGUCCUGCAACAGCACCUCCUACAACAUCCAGAACCUUCUUCCAGAACGACAGUACAAGUUUCGAGUUCGAGCUCAGAACAUUUAUGGCAUUGGAGAGCCGAGCGUCGAGUCUGAAGCUGUAACAGUCGGACUAGUGGACGACGAGAACCAGGAUGAUGCUGAGGCAGAGGAGGAGGAUGAAGAAAAAGAGCCAGAGUACAGAGACGUGACCAUCAGAGCCGAAGUGAAGGUGAAGGAGAUGUACGACGUGGAGGAGCGACUGGGAACGGGGAAGUUCGGUCAGGUCUUCAAGCUGGUGGAGAAAGCCACCAAGAAGGUUUGGGCUGGAAAGUUUAUCAAAGCGUACUCUGCCAAAGAGAAAGAGAACGUCCGACAGGAGAUCAACAUCAUGAACAGCCUCCAUCACCCCAAACUGGUUCAGUGUGUGGACGCCUUUGAGGGCAAGUCGGACAUCGUCAUGGUCCUGGAGAUGAUCUCAGGCGGCGAGCUGUUUGAGCGGAUCAUCGACGAGGACUUUGAGCUCACAGAGAGGGAGGUGAUUAAAUACAUGCUGCAGAUCAUCGACGGCGUCAACUUCAUCCACAAACAGGGGAUCGUCCACCUCGACCUCAAACCUGAGAACAUCAUGUGUGUCAACAAGACCGGCAGCAAAAUCAAACUGAUCGACUUCGGCCUCGCCCGCCGGCUAGAAAACGCUGGAACUCUGAAGGUUCUGUUUGGGACUCCAGAGUUUGUAGCUCCUGAAGUGAUAAAUUAUGAAGCCAUCAGUUACCCCACAGACAUGUGGAGCAUAGGAGUCAUCUGUUACAUCCUGCUGAGCGGUCUCUCUCCAUUCAUGGGCGACAACGACAACGAGACUCUGGCCAAUGUUACCUCAGCAACGUGGGACUUUGAGGACGAGGCCUUUGAUGAAAUCUCUGAGAACGCCAAAGACUUCAUCACCAACCUGCUGAAGAAAGACAUGAAGGCUCGGCUGACCUGCCCUCAGUGUUUUGAACACCCCUGGCUGAAACAGGACACCAAUACCAUGAAGACCACCAAGCUGUCCAAGGAGAGGAUGAAGAAGUACAUCCUGAGGAGGAAGUGGCAGAAAACGGGUCACGCUGUUCGAGCUAUUGGCAGACUCUCCUCCAUGGCCAUGAUGGCUGGAGUUAGUGCCAAGAAGGGCUCGCCCACCGAAGAGGAUAAUCAGUUCCUGGAGUGUUUGGAGUACGAACAAAAGACCGAGUCUAAACCCAGCUUCAGUGUGGUCAUCAAAGAUGUGGAGGUGGUGGAGGGCAGCGCCGCUCGCUUCGACUGCAAGAUAGAAGGAUACCCUGACCCUGAGGUGGUUUGGUAUAAAGACGACCAGCCAAUCAAAGAGACCCGACACUUCCAGAUCGACUACGAUGAAGAAGGAAACUGCAGUCUGGUCAUUUCAGAGGUUUCAGGUGAUGAUGAUGCCAAGUACACAGUGAAGGCCGUCAACAGUCUUGGAGAGGCAACGUGUACAGCAGAGCUCCUGGUGGAGGUGAUGGCUGAAGAGGAGGAAGAGGAGGAGGAGGAGGAAUGAUGUUUCCUGUUGGAGGUUCAGGAGGCCUGCUGCUCCUCUGCCUGUCAGACCUGAACAGGAGAAAAUUUACCCACAGUAAUCCUAAGGGGCUGGAGGUACAUGUGGGCGGAGUUUCUUACACCUGAAUCUGAGCAUGUGCAGAGCUGCAGCUUGACCUCAAACCGAUUCCUCAGCAAAACUGAGGCCCCUGUUUGUUAAAUAAAGAAAUAAAUUGUCAUUAUGACUUAUUUCUUCAAACUUUAAUCUAAUAAAUGACACCAAACAAGACUGAGCAAAACCCACAUCCUCAUCUCACAAAUUCAUUUUCCUUCUAAAUGUGGCGCCGUUUAAGGUUUUCCAACACCAGGUGGGCGGGGCACCAGGUGCUCCGCCCACCUGGUGCUCCGCCCACCAUCCUAUGUCCUCUGAGGUCAUAUCAGUGGACUGAUCAGAUUCCUCCAGAUAACCACACAGACACUUCCUGUAGAUUAACCUUCAUUAACUGUAACAGCUCUGGGUUUUACAAGAUUCACAACUCAUCAAAUAUCUUUGUCCCGUGGAGUCUGGAGGUACCUCUCAGCAUGCUCCUGGUACUGGAGCCUGCUUUCAUAUGAUUGGUCAGUUUAUGGAAGCUGCAGAAGGUCCGCUCUCAAACUGAUCUGUGUCCUGAAACCAAGAGAGGGCCAUGAACUCCUCUGUGAUGUCACUGAACUUUUAACAUGUUUAAUCCAUAAUGUCACACUUUGUCCCUGUUUGAUUAGAAAACAAGACGCUGAAACAAUGUUCCAAAGCAUGAAGAAGAGCAUGUUUCCAACACUUUAAACUGUCCUGUUUGCCUUGUUUGAGUGAAGGACAGAGAAACUUCACCACUUCUGUGCCUUAAAGCGGCUCUGAGCCUAAUCUGAACACGAGGCUCUGCAGUGAUCACAUUUAUUCUUCAUUUUCUGUAACUAAGCGGCUCCUGUUGUUAUCGGAGAAUCAGCUUCACUCUUUAUCUGCACAUCAUGUUUCAGCUGCAGGUUUCGAAGCUAUAAUCACGUUUGGCCUCCUGCUGUGAUCCUUAAUGCAUCACGAUCAGAGUUUCUCUGUCGCACUGUGGGAUGUUUUCUUCUUCUGUGGUCUUAAAACUGUUGAUGAAUCAGGCAACUCUUAAACCUCAGCAUUAGUUCCCCAGUUUCUGACUCUAACCGUCACAUAGCUGCAGUUUAAAUGUUUUUAUUGGGUCGUUUUGAAGUCUCUCAGUGUGUCAGCAGAAACUCUGGUUAAACGUCACAUUCCAGCUGUUUGUGUUUGAAUCUUUUCCUAAAAUCUGAUUCCUUUUACAAUCAGACACCAAAGAUGUUUUUUCUGCUAACUCACAGGUGUGUGUAUGUGAGUGUGAGUGUUUCCUCUGCAGUUUUCAACCAUCCUGUUUGUGUGUUUGGAGUCUUUUUAUUGUUAUUUAAUGCACAGAUUUUUAAUUAUAUGAUGAUUCUUCCAGAAGGUGUUGCAGCACUUCAUGUUCCGCCUAUUAAAGCAGAGGUGGACUCACUCUUUGUUUAGUUUUUGUAUUAGAUGUAAGUAGAUUUAAUUACUUUAAUUUUUAUAAAAAUAUACCAGAUUGAUGACCUGUAUGAGAAUACUACGACUGUAGUUACUCACAGAUGCCGAAUAAAUUUUUAUCACAAGA